GCCCCUGCUGCUUGCUCUGCGCCCGGCGCGCCCGGCUCCGGCCCCCAGAAGCAGGGAAGCCGAAGGAGUGUCCGCGCAGAGAAGCGGAACGUGCCGAUGGCCGCGGGCUGCGGAGGCUCGGGCCAAAUCGGAAUAAACGGCCGCGCAGCGCGCUCCACCUGCUUCGCGUCCCUCCACGUCCCCAGGGCUCUGCAGUUGCAGCAGGUGCCAGAAAAUGCCUCGACAUGAGAAGUGACAACCAGAGCUUCUUGGGGAAUCCCCCUCAACACUUCAUCCUCCUGGGUGUUUCGGACAGGCCAUGGCUGGAGCUGCCUCUCUUUGUGGUCCUCCUAGUGUUCUACAUUCUGGCCAUGUUAGGGAACAUUGCCAUCAUCCUGGUGUCCCGGCUGGAUCCCCAGCUGCAAAGCCCCAUGUACAUCUUCCUCAGCCACCUGUCCUUCCUGGACCUCUGUUACACGGCCACCACGGUCCCUCAGAUGCUAGUCAACAUGGGCAGCUCCAAGAAGACCAUCAGCUACGGCGGCUGCACAGUGCAGUAUGCAAUUUUCCACUGGCUGGGAUGCACUGAGUGCGUGGUCUUGGCCGCCAUGGCCCUGGACCGCUACGUGGCCAUCUGUGAGCCCCUCCGGUACGCUGCCGUCAUGCACCGCGCCCUCUGCCAGCAGCUCGUGGCGGCGGCCUGGCUCAGCGGCUUCGGCAACUCCCUUGUUCAGGUAGCCCUGACAGUGCAAUUGCCUUUCUGUGGGCGGCAGGUGCUGAAUAACUUCUUCUGUGAGGUGCCAGCCAUGAUCAAGUUGUCGUGUGCCGACACGGCUGUGAAUGACACCACGCUGGCUGUGCUGGUGGCCUUCUUUGUGCUGGUCCCACUAGCUCUCAUCAUUCUCUCCUACGGGUUUAUCACCCGUGCUGUGCUCAGGAUCCAGUCGUCCAAGGGACGGCGCAAGGCCUUUGGCACGUGUUCCUCCCACCUGGUGGUGGUCUCCCUUUUCUACCUGCCUGCCAUCUACAUGUACCUGCAGCCCCCUUCUAGCUACUCCCAAGAGCAGGGCAAGUUCAUCUCCCUCUUCUACUCCAUAAUCACCCCGACCCUCAACCCCUUCAUCUACACCCUGAGGAAUAAAGACGUGAAGGGAACCACCAGAGGUGAGGUGCUGUCUCCUAAUUCCCUCCUGCAGACACAGGAAGUGUACCCUCAGACCAGUCCCUCCCCGACCCAGUGUGGACCUAGCACAGAGCACUGGUGA